CCAUCCCCCAUCGCCGAGCGAUUUACUACAACCCUUUCCCUACUCUCAGAUACCCCCUAGAUUCAUCAAAAGUUCAUCAUGUCUGGUCUCACCACCACCCUCGAGACGCCCACUGGCGGCAAGUACGAGCAGCCCACCGGCCUCUUCAUCAACAACGAAUGGGUGAAGGGUGUCGACGGCAAGGAGUUUGAGGUCUACAACCCGGCCAACGAGUCCGUCACCUGCAAGGUCUCCGAGGCCACCGAGAAGGAUGUCGACAUCGCCGUCGCCGCCGCCCGCAAGGCCUUUGAGGGCCCGUGGCGAAAGGAGACGCCCGAGAACCGCGGCAAGCUCCUCGUCAAGCUCUCCGAGCUCUUCGAGAAGAACCUCGACCUCCUCGCGUCCGUCGAGGCUCUCGACAACGGCAAGGCCUACAACAUGGCCAAGGUCGACAUCAGCAUGUGCGCCGGCACCCUGAGAUAUUACGGCGGCUGGGCCGACAAGAUCGAGGGCCGUGUCACCGACACCACCCCCGACACCUUCAACUACAUCAAGAAGGAGCCCGUCGGUGUCUGCGCGCAGAUCAUCCCAUGGAACUUCCCCCUUCUCAUGUUCGCGUGGAAGAUUGCCCCCGCCAUUGCCUGCGGCUGCACCGUCGUCAUCAAGACCGCCGAGCAGACUCCUCUUGGUGGCCUCGUCGCCGCCAACCUCAUCAAGGAGGCCGGCUUCCCCCCGGGUGUCAUCAACGUCAUCUCUGGUUUCGGUAAGACCGCCGGUGCCGCCCUCGCCUCCCACAUGGACGUCGACAAGGUUGCCUUCACCGGCUCCACCGUCACCGGCCGCUCCAUCCUCAAGGCCGCCGCCGGCUCCAACUUGAAGAAGGUCACCCUCGAGCUCGGUGGCAAGUCCCCCAACAUCGUCUUCGCCGAUGCCGACAUUGACAACGCCAUCUCAUGGGUCAACUUUGGUAUCUUCUUCAACCACGGCCAGUGCUGCUGCGCCGGCUCGCGUAUCUACGUCCAAGACACCAUCUACGACAAGUUCGUCGAGAAGUUCAAGGAGCGAGCGCAGAAGAACGUCGUUGGCGACCCAUUCGCCAAGGACACCUUCCAGGGACCCCAGGUCUCCCAGCUCCAGUUCGACCGUAUCAUGAACUACAUCAAGGCCGGCAAGGAGGCUGGUGCCAAGGUCGAGAUCGGCGGCAACCGCAAGGGUGACAAGGGCUACUUCAUCGAGCCCACCAUCUUCUCCAACGUCACCGAGGACAUGAAGAUCAUGCAAGAGGAGAUCUUCGGCCCCGUGUGCGCCAUCUCCAAGUUCUCCACCCAGGAGGAGGCCAUCCGCGUUGGUAACGCCACCACCUACGGUCUCGCCGCCGCCGUCCACACCAAGAACCUCAACACCGCCAUCGAAGUCUCCAACGCCCUCAAGGCCGGUACCGUCUGGGUCAACACCUACAACACCCUUCACCACCAGAUGCCGUUCGGUGGCUACAAGGAGUCCGGUAUUGGACGUGAAUUGGGCGAGGACGCCCUCUCAAACUACUUGCAGACCAAGACCGUCUCCAUCCGCCUGGGAGAUGCCCUUUUCGGUUAAACGCAGUGUGUUGUCAUGUUCAGCAAGAGGAUUACGUAGCGCUACAACGAAAAUGGAAUGUUGUGAACCUCAGCUCAGUGUUCAGUUGUCUUCUCCCAUCUACAUGUUCCACCGUCGUCGUCUUGUGGUUAGGUGAAGUGAAGCUGCAAGUCACGUGGGAAGUCCGAGC